AUGAUUCGCAUUCUGAAUUUCGUUGCCCUGGCAUCCCUGUCUUAUGGAUUUGUGGUUCAGGAAGUCCCAAAACGUUCUGUUCUCUCUGGCCAGGCUCUCGUGGAUCAUGUAAAUGCUGUUCAGGAUUCGUGGAAAGCAGAAUAUUCUUCAAUUUCAAUGAAGGCAAAAACCAUGGAUGUUCGAUUCGCAGAAGUUCCGGAAUCCGAAAAAUCCGAGAAAUCAGAUGAUUUGGAAUUUGAAACUUUGAUUCAACUACCAACAGCUUUCGAUUCCCGUGUUCAAUGGCCCAAUUGCAACUCCAUCAAACUGAUUCGAGACCAAACAUAUUGUGGAUCGUGCUGGGCGUUCGCAGCAGCUGAAAUCAUCUCUGAUCGUAUAUGCAUUCAAUCAAAUGGAACUCAACAGCCAAUCAUUUCUCCAGAAGACAUUCUGUCCUGUUGUGGAUCCUCUUGUAAUAACGGAUGUCAAGGUGGUUAUACAAUUGAGGCAAUGAAGUACUGGAUGAAUUCUGGAGUGGUGACUGGUGGAGAUUAUCAGGGGGCUGGAUGUAUCCCAUACUCAUUUCGUCCGUGUUCAACGUGUAAGGAGCCUAAGGAUGCUCCGAGUUCCAAAUCCGCCUACCGUCUGCCUACUACUACGUCUUCCAACGCUAUAGUUGCAAAUGCAGUUCAAAUGAUUCAAACCGAAAUCUAUAACAAUGGUCCUGUAGAAGUUGCUUAUCAAGUUUACGAUGACUUUUAUCACUACAAAUCAGGAGUCUAUUAUCAUGUUUAUGGAGAUAAACCGUCUGGACAUGCAGUGAAAAUUAUCGGAUGGGGUACAGAAAAAAAAGUUGAUUAUUGGCUGGUUGCCAAUUCUUGGAGUACAACUUUUGGAGAAAAUGGAUUUUUCAAAAUUCGAAGAGGAACUAAUGAAUGUGGAAUUGAGGAGAAUGUGGUUGCUGAACGAAAUGCUCGCCUCCGUCGAGAUGAUAGUGACAGUGAUCAAUCUGAUAGUGAAAGUGAUGUUGAGGAUUUUACUAGUCAUACUGCAGAUUCUGUAUGGGACCAACUCAUUCCUGUGACUGAUGAUGACAAAAUGAGCGACUCUUCAUAUGAAUACGAGUCAGAUUUAGAUACUAGAGCCUCAGAUAUCGAUUCAGUUUGGGACCAUCUAGUUCUAAUGGAUGAUGAGGGAGAAAAUCUCGAUGAUUUAGAGGAGAGUGAAGAUGAUGAAAGCUACGAGUUGAGAAGAGAUCUACGACAAUAA